GCCAUCAAAGAAGUAAAUUAGACGAAGAAAGUUGUUUAAACACUUCGUUGACUUCAUAAUGAUGUGGACUCUAUUGAAAAUCUAUUUUGGUCUUGGGCUUUUGGCAAUUUCUGUCUAUGGUGAUAUUAAUGAUGAUAUCUGGGAUCUUGAUAAAAAUAAAAAAGACAACACCAUUGAUGGCCUUUUCAAACCAGUCCACCAUAAUGAUAUCGGUCGAGGGGGUUAUGGUCGCAUAUUCAGAGGUAUAAAUUUGUUGAAUGAUGACAUCGUCGCAAUGAAAUUCACGAACAAUACGCCGAAAGCGAAGGCAAACUCUGAUCGUGAAUUCGAAAUGUACUGGUAUUUGGAUGCAGUUGACAAACCGAGUGUUGAAAAAUAUGGCAUCUCACCCAUUUAUUAUUAUAACAAAUGGGGCCCACAUAUAUUGACAGUUAUGUCACUUUUCGACUGUCAUCUUUAUAAAAAGUCAACCGAAAUUGCAACUGAACCUAUCAAUACUCUCAUUUUGUUCAGGGAUUUUGUACGUCAAUCAAAAUACAUACACAGCCGUGGUGUCAGGCAUGAUGACGUUAAGCCCGAAAAUAUAUUGCUUCGAAAGCAUCGAAGUUUCUUGAUCGACUUCAAUACUAGUGCAAAAUUGCUUGAAACUACUGCAUCCGGUACGAUCAAAUAUGUGGCGAGAAGAUUUUACAGGGAAAAACGAUUGCGCUAUCCGGUAGACGAUUGGGAAUGUUUUCUCUAUUCGAUAUCUGAAUUAAACGGCGUUAAUCUACAAUGGUUCGAUGAAAAACAAUUCAAAGGUCUUAAGGGAACGGAAGUUAUCAAUAAGGCAAUUAUGGAAUUGAAAUCCAAUACAAACUUAACUAUUGAUCGAAUCAAGGAAAAGAUUCAAGAUACACGACUGCAAGAGGUGUUUGUUGCAUUUGCAAAUGAAGCACUCAAACCCGAUAUUUUCUUCCCAGAUUACAACCGUUUGGAGGAUUUGAUCAUGAAAAAAAUUAAUGAAAUAGUUGGAAUAGGCAGGCCUGCGCUAUUCACAUGGUUGUCGACGACAGAGCGCGAAGAAGGAAUUGCCGAUUUGUAUGCAAAUCCACUUGUUACCGCGCAUGAAAUCCCUCAACCACAGAAAAAUAUCAAAUACAAACCAGUUGAUUAUGAUUAUUUCGAAAAACGAAAGAAAUUAAUGCAGAAAAAGGUGGCAGAAUUAAAGAAGAAAGGAAAAAAUGGAUUCAUGAGCCACUUGAUGCCCAAAUUUGGUAAAAAGAUUGUACCUGUUUAACUUACAAAUGGAUAGAGAGAGAAUAUUUACAAUAAUUUAUGUACUUCAUUUUCCUCCAAAAAUCCAAAUAUUGUUCUUAAAUGUAAAAAUACAUUUAACAUUUUCUCUUUGCUGAAAAUAAAAUAAAA